CAUUUAUAAAAUCUGAAAGUCCGACCCCUAGAGUCUCUCGCUUCUCCCUGCCUCUUCACUCUCUUACGCUCCCUUCUUACAAACACCCAAAUCCCUCUAUAUCUUUCUCUCUCUACUGUUUCCUCUCACUCUCUCUCUCUCUCUCUCCUCAGAAAGCCCCCGUCGGCACAAAACCCUUACCCCUCGCCACCACCGCCUACUGGUGGUGCUCCGCCGAUCGACGCGAAACCCUAAGAAACCUCUUCGGACGACGGAAAUGGCGGCCACGGAAGUCUCAGACGGACCCGUCCUCAGCCUCAUCAACAAGCGCCUCCGAGCCCUGCGCAAGAAGCUCAACCGCAUCACGCAAAUGGAGGAGGCGAUCUCUCAGGGCAAGCCGAUCAACAGGGAGCAAGAGGAGGUCCUCCGCUCCAAGCCCGGUGUCUCCGCUCUCAUCGACGAGCUCGAGAAGCUCCGACAGCCUAUCGCCGACGCCGUCGCCGAGGAGGUCAGCCUUGCUGUGCAGCUCCACCAGGUCUCCUCCCUCUCCGACGCCGAUCGCCAGGAGAAGCCCGACGAGCCUGAGACGGCUGUGCCGGAGCCCGAUCGCCGCGAGGCAGAGGUCGAGGACCUCCUGAAUCUGCUCUACUUUGGGUCGCUGUUCGACGUCAAGCCGCAGAGCGACUUCACGUCGACGAUGCUCACGAGGACUCACGAGCGAGGGUGUUGCCUGACCUACGAUUACGUCACCGAUGACGCCACCGAUCUGCUCGGCGAGAGGGACUUGGAUUUGAUCUCCAAGUUGGGAGGGUUGUUGAUUUCGCGGCCGGUGGAUUCGAGUUUGUCCCACAAGAACGCCUUGCAGAGGUGCUUGGAGCACGCCAAGCUUUGGCUCGCCAACUCCGACCAGCUCAUUGAGCCUAAUGCUAAUAGCACUUACUCGGGCUUGAGAGAGAGGCUGAACAAGAUAAUGGCGUCGGACUACUUCACCACCACGCCUGAGAUGAAAGCUCCCGUGGAAGUUGCUGCUGCUGCUGGGAAUUAUGCGCCUUUCCAGGUGCCGAUUCACAGCUCCGUUUCGUCAGUAGCGGUGGAGGGCUCCGUUUCAUCAGUAGCGAUGGAGGGCUCCGUUUCGUCACUAGUGGUGGAGGGCUCCGUUUCGCAAUUCGAACAGGACGAAGGCACAACAGAUUUUCAAGGACAUGAAAUAGGCGAGAAUCAAUCAAGCACUGUGGAGGAGGUUCAUAAGGACGACGAACCAGAGACCGAAAACCCUUCAGAGGCUGUUCCAGUUGAACAAGAACAAAUCAGACCAGAAACAGAAAUAGAGUACAGUCAGAGAGAUGUUGAAUCGAAAGAGCAGCAGUAUGUUCCUCGCAGGCCCUAUCAGAACCAAAGAGGUGGAGGUCGUGGCGGCGGCGGCGGCGGCGGUCGUAGGGGUUACCCCAAUGGCCGUGGUGGCCGAGGAAGUAGCAGAGGAGGUGGACCCUACCAGAAUGGCCGUAACCAGUAUUAUGACCAGCCCGGAGGUUAUUAUCAGAGGAAUUACUAUAACAAUAGGGGAAGGGGUGGAAGAGGUGGGGGGCCCUCUUACAACAAUCAUGGCUCAGUUCAAGACGGUCAAAUGUCUGCCAGCGUUGGGGUUGGGUCAUGAUUUUCCUGUAAGUUGUUGAUAGGGAUGACUCUUUCUAGCUUUUUUUUUUUAUGUGGGUGGUGAAUCUUUUGAUGCUUUGCCUGAAAGAUGAUCUGAAAUGUGGGUUGCUUUUAACGAGCUCAUCAUCCAGGACUCUUUUUGUAGUUCAGUUAAAUUAAGGAUUCCAAUCAGAAACCAUGCAAAAGGAAAAAUAUUUUUGUCGUUUCUUUUGAGACCUGUUCUUCUCUGAUUUAUCCUGUCUGCAAAAGGAAA